CGCCCGCCCAGUCGCGGCACAGCCUGCCGCCCGCGCGCACCUCGCGCCCUCCCGCGCCACUCGAUCAAUAACCGUGAUAACCUACACUCCUCUGUUCUGAACCCUUCACAUGGACUGACCGAAGGUGCCGCCAGCUCGCCCAGCCGCUGCCGCGCGUCUCACAGAACUAACUGUGGAAGUCGACUAAAAUAAAAUAUUGGUACGAGAAUAGUGCGUAAAAAUAUACUAUUAUUUAUGGCUAUAUCGGUCCGGCGUUACGAAUUGUGAGAUUAUAAAGUAAUGAGAUUUUCUACAGUGCAGUUUGUGAUGUGAGUAGUGAGUGUUGACAGUGGUUGUGGGAUACUGCCGUCAAUGUUGGUGAGGUGAUAGUGUUGCCGCCAUGACGUCAUUGAAGCACGGUGUCAAUUUGAGCCGGCGCGCCUGCAGGCGAACGCUCGUGUGGGGCGCGCUAGCCGCUGCCCUCCUGUCCAACAUACAAUGCAAUCCUGUCGAAAGCACCACGAAACAAAGUCCGUCCAUAACAGUCGAUGGGAUUUCCACGUACCCCGGCCUGGGGUUCGGGCCCAUGGGUCCCGUGGUGCCGCUGCCUGGAGAACCACCAGGCACUCAACUCCGCCAACACCAGGACACUACCACUAAUUUACCAAGUACAGAAACACCCGAGAAGAAGGUGAAGAAAUUAGUCAUUGCAGCCUUUGAAUUUCAUCGGGUCGAAACGCCUUUCUUAAUAGGAUUAUGGAUUUUCUUCGCUAGCAUAGCAAAAAUAGGGUUUCACAUGGCGCCGAAGUUGUCCAAAAUGUUUCCUGAGUCUUGUCUUCUUAUAUUUGUGGGGGUCCUCAUAGGGGCCCUGCUAUUAAGUACGCACAGUGUGCAUGUGCAGCCAUUGACGCCGGAUACUUUCUUUUUAUACAUGCUGCCUCCUAUCAUCUUAGAUGCCGGCUACUUUAUGCCAAAUAGAUUGUUUUUUGAUCACCUUGGAACAAUUCUCUUAUUUGCGGUGGUCGGGACUGUGUUCAACACCCUGACUAUUGGGGCGUCCCUUUGGGCUUGUGGUCAGACCGGAAUGUUUGGGUGCACCACUCCUCUUUUAGACAUGCUCUUAUUCGCUGCCCUAAUAUCUGCAGUGGACCCAGUAGCGGUGCUAGCCGUUUUUGAAGAAAUCCAUGUAGAUGAAGUACUAUACAUAGUAGUAUUUGGUGAAUCGUUAUUAAAUGAUGCUGUCACAGUUGUUUUGUAUCAUAUGUUUGAAGCGUAUACAGAAAUGGGACCAUCGCGUCUUGAAUACACGGACUUCCUAGCCGGCCUCGCUUCGUUCCUUGUAGUGGCCGUUGGAGGUACAUGCAUAGGAGUCGUUUGGGGCUUCGCCACAGGUCUCGUCACACGUUUCACACAUGAAGUCAGAGUAAUUGAGCCAAUAUUUAUAUUUGUUAUGGCUUACUUGGCAUAUCUUAACGCAGAAAUGUUCCACAUGAGCGGAAUACUUGCUAUAACGUUUUGUGGUAUAACAAUGAAGAACUAUGUCGAAGCGAACAUAUCUCACAAAUCGCAUACCACUAUAAAAUACACAAUGAAAAUGCUGUCUUCGUCUUCCGAAACAAUCAUUUUCAUGUUCCUAGGUGUAGCCACUGUAAAUAAUAACCACGAUUGGAACACGUGGUUUGUUUUAUUAACCAUCGUAUUCUGCUCAAUAUUUCGGAUAAUAGGUGUGUACAUAUUUAGUGCUAUAGCUAACAAGUUCCGUUUGCAUAAAUUGAAUAGAGUGGAAAAGUUUGUUAUGUCUUACGGAGGUCUUCGAGGUGCGGUAGCUUUCGCUCUAGUUCUACUAAUAGAUCCUGAAGUUGUAGAACUGCAACCAAUGUUUGUGACUACAACAAUAGCAGUGAUAUAUUUCACCGUGUUCAUACAAGGCAUCACCAUUAAGCCUCUAGUUAAAAUACUUAAUGUUAAAACAGCUGAGAAGAGGAAGCCUACAAUGAACGAACGAAUUCAUGAACGGUUUAUGGACCACCUAAUGGCCGGCAUUGAAGACAUUCUUGGAAAGCAUGGCAACCAUCAUAUGAGGGACAAGUUCAAGAGAUUUGAUAAUCGUUUCAUAAGGCCGUUCUUACUUAGAAAUUAUCAGGGUGCAGAACCUAAGAUUUUAGAAACUUACUCAAAAUUGGCUAUGAAGGAUGCCAUAGAAUACAUGCAGAGAAAUGCAUCUACCAUUGGAAACAUCUCUGGAGCCGAGUCAAUGUCAGCUAUAUUCAAAAACUAUACAAAUGCCAAUUUUAAUGGAAGCCCGAGUUUCAGUCAACUGGAUUCAUCAACGUGGAACAUAGACAUGCAGGAAUUGGAGUACAAUCCGUCGAAAAAAGACCUGACUGACGCCAAAAUACAUCACCUUCUAGCCGAAGAACUUUGCAAGCCAUUUAGACGCCAUCGUCGCCUGAGCUACAGUCGUCAUGCGGUAAACGAUCGCGACCUCGGCACGCAAGUCAAUUACAAGACCCAUAUGAAUAUACGGCGACGGGUCGGUGAUAGGAAACACCAUCACAAACGUAGUAAACGCGGAAAGCAGGAUGGAAAAAAUCAUGUGACUUUCCCUGAAUUCCAGCAAAAUGGUUCGGCUAAACAGUUCACGCACGGUAAAAUAAAGUAUUAUAGAUUAGACUACAUAGACGAGGUACUUCAAGAGGAGGGAGACGAGCGCGAGGUGGGACCACGUCGCGAAGGUGACGACGGCGGUAUUACAUUCACUGCCAAAUCCCCGCCUGGAUACAAAGAAGUCAGUCCGACGUCCUCGCAUAAAGAAAAUAGUAGUUCACUUUUAAAUCAACUGGCUAACCUGCCCGGAUUCAAUCCCUUGAAAGCGAGGAUUGUUAAGCAGUACGCUAAAACACCCGAAGAGAUCCUCCCGACAGCUGUUGAGAAAUCCUUACCGUGGAGAAGGGACAGAUCCACGUAUAACUUUGUUCCUAACGAGGAUAUUUUAGAAGAGGACGAAAGAAGACUGUCUGAUGAUAACGACACCUACAUGAUAGUAGCUGAGCACGCUCGCGUAGCCACCCCAACGGCAACGGAGACCAUGCUGCCAUGGAAACGAGAGGAAAUGGAGGGGUCCGGCUGCGGCGCCCUAAAACAAUCAGAGUUCCCUGCGUGGGCCUCGAACAAAGAGUACUUAGCAUAUAGCUCCCCUUCAGCCACGUUCUUAGGAGGCAUAGAGAAGCCAAAACAUCCAAAAUCUAUCAUAGGUCUCUUCCGAAGAGAGAGCUCUAGUUCUACACAAGGUGCAGCGGAGAAUGUGGUUCUAUCAGACUCGGAAGCGAAUAGAGAUAGUUGGAAUAAGGGGGAGGGGACAUCAAAAGAUACUGGAGCCAGACAAGGGCCAAGUUUAUUGUCCAAGAGGAGCACGAGCCUGGGAGGUCCGUCAGUGUUACUGAUGGAAGACGUAGCGCAUUCAGAUCCCCUCGGUGCAUCGAGCAGACCAGCUAGCAUCAUGCAGGGACCACAUAGAGGACAAUGUAGAAGAGGAUCAAUGCUAGAGUUAACUGGGUCACUAUCUCGUGAUGCUAUCACAGAAGAGAAAUGCAGCAAAUCACUACCAGAGAGUGAGCGAAUGGGUGUGAGGCGGCUACCCCUGGGACAACAGAGUCUACCGAGAGAGCCAUUUAUCCGGCAGCUGACAAUGGCAUCCACACUGAACACCAGCUCUUCGUCUGACGACUCCUCAGACGAGAACACCUGAGUGCCCCGCCGUGGUGACCCUGAUAGGUUGCCACUGUUGAAAUACAAGACGCUAGAGUAACGUUCUGAAGCGGAAAGUGAUAUUAUAAAUGUCUAAAAACACACAAACUUCUUAAAAAGUGCUGUGAAUCUGUGGUGUAAUAAAUAAGUAAAAUGAAUAUAGAAUUAAAAAAAGUGUUAAUUAAUCACCUGUAACGAAAUUUAUUCUGAAAUCUAUUAUUAUAUUACGCGAAAUACACUUAUUAGAUGACUUUGCCAAAGACUUCAAAGGCUUUCAUCAAAUUGGUUCAAUGUGAUAGAUAAACAUAGUAUUGAGGUUUUGACUAUUGUUACCGUUUUACCAUCUACCACCUACUUGUAAUGAUAAGCCACUUAAAAUAAGAUGCGUGAACAUUGUCAAUAAUCAUGAUACGCACACAUAAAGCAAGAUAAAUAUCGUGCGGUUAGUUUAGGUUACAAAUCUUUAUAAAAUGUAAAGAUGCUUGCCAGAUUUGUCUGAGGCUUUCGAGUUAUUUUGGUAGCUGUAAUUAUACAUAAUACGUUGUAAGGUGUAAAUACGACACGUUGCGAUGAACUGCAUCAUGCAACGACUGGUAGGCAUAAGUGUUUGACAAAACAAAAUUUCCUAUCUAAAAUCAGUCUUGCCUUUUUUUGUUUAUGUCUAAUUAAAUAUUAAUAUAGAAUCAAUUGAAAAGCUCCUUUAAUGUACGAGUAAUGGAAAUGUAGCUGUUAAUCAAGAAUUAUAAUAUUGCUUUAACUACUUGAAUGAUCGAAACCAAUUUUUAUAGUUGUUUGAAGUGUAUUUUUGUAUGCUCUUUGUAAAAUAUCAUGUAAUUAACAUUCAACACUGUGUGUAAAGCUAAUCGUUUUAAAAUACCUAAUUAUAUUUAUGAAACGAUAGUAAUGAUUUCAUGGCACUUGUUGCCAAUGACAAUACCUACCAGUAGUUUAUGGGAGUCAUGAAAGUAAAUUUAAUUGAAAUGUGAUUUGUAGAUGUAGACAAUUGUGUUUGUUAAGUAAUAGAUAUUAUAACUUAUGCGUUUUGGAGGCCAUUUUAAAUUAGAUGUAGAGAAUGAACCGUGAAAGAUAACAAAUACACGAGUUAUUUUUCUAUCCCUACGUAAUAUGCCGUAGGUCUCCUGGAAAAGUUAGAUAGUUAAAUGAAAUAAUAUUUCCUGUAAGCUUGUUCCGGUCAUAUACCAAUGUAGAUAGUUAAAUUAUAGAUUCGUUUCAUAUGCUUUCAGAAAAAAAUAGCAAUCAUGACGUUGCCAUCAAGUCCAUCAAUCAGAUUUUAAUAAAAGUAGAAAGUUUCUAAGAUAAAGUUCCAUGAAUCUACUUUUAAAUCAUUAAUGUAGUUAUUAUUUUCAGAUGUUGUAUCUUUCGAUAAUAUGAGUUUAUGGCUGUCAUGUUGGAAAAACGAACAGGGUAGAACACAGAAAGCUUAACUUCAUUUCUUUAAAUUGUGUAUCGAUUUAUGAUUUCGAUGAUUCACUACGACGAAUCUAUGUAUACCUAUGUCUAUUUUCUGUACUGAAUGAUGUCAUUGGCAAUACGACGUCAUUUUAGUCUUAUCCUUAAAGAAACUGUAUAAAAUAUAUUGUACCAACAGAACCAUCUGCGCAAUGUUGAAAUUGUUAUUAGAUAAUUAGAGGUAGGUAGGUGUGUACCUACCUACUUAUAUAACUUUGUUUAUGAAGAAUAGACCAAUUUAGAACAAUAAUAGAUGUAGUAAUAUAGAAAGUGUAUCAUAAUAACGAAUGUAAAUAAUAAAAAAUAAUGUUUGUUAAAUAUUUUAUUGAAAAAAUAACAAGAUAAUGGGAUGAUAUUCAAAAUUUAAACAUGGCUAAUGUACUUACGUACUCCAUAAAUCAUAGAAAUGUAUUUUUUAAAGUUGAAUUAAAUCACAGAAUUAAGCCUUGAAAAAGCGAAUGACAAAUUACAAGUAGCUGUAGCUCACUAACCUAAUGUCCUACCACUACUCUGACCCCAAGAAAAUUAACUUCGACUAGGGUCAAUAACCUAUCCUAUAUAAAAAAUUAAUAGAUUUUCGGGUGGUCAACGUUUUACCGAAAAUUUGUAGGUAUGUGCAUUUUCAUUGAUCAUUCGGACCUUUCCCCUAACAUGCACAUUCAUCCCAGAACUAACCUAACUUAAAUUAUGACCUGUCGUUGUAAAAAGUAUACCUACUCGUACAAAUAACUCAUUACGUGCCUACUUCGUAUUAUUUCAGUGCUAUUUCUUCUAAUGAAUAAUAUAAUCAAUCAAAUAGGUAAUUCGUAAUUCCAGGAGCUUGCUGGGUAUAUUAUAGAUACCUACCCAUAAACAUACAUAAUAUGACAUGAAGUUUAUUUUGUUACGAUAACUUAUUAAUAAGUAAUUGGAAUUAUAUCUUUUUAAAUCAUAUUAUUAUUUGUUCGACUUCAUACCACUAACUAGUGCGUCCAUCGAUUGCUGUUAAUUUAGAAAAAUGUUAUUAAAUAAUUAUGCUCUAUUGUAUUAAGUAGGUAAAUUAUUAUCCUACAUCAAUAUUAUGUUUAAAAUGAAAUGCUCGAACAAUACCAAUUUGUUACAAUUAUUAAGUGCGUCAAAAUGACCAUAUAAAAAAUAUGUUUGUUCUCAGUAUUGUUGUAUAAUAAAAUAUGUAUAGAUACAGUUACCCCGACUUGUAACACCUAUUUUUUAUUGUUCCCUUUAAACUUACCAACCUACUUUAUUAAUUCAAUCUGUUAUACCUAAUACUUUGUUUCUUUGUACCUACUAAUGUUUGUUUUUUUUUUGGUUUGUAUAAUUUAACUAAUUUUAAAUACAAUGUUCUGACGUCUGUAUUUGUACCUACUUACUUAAUUAUUGAAUAAAUUGUUAAAUGAAACAUGUCUAGGUACUCUACUAUAAGCAAGCUUUGUAUAAAUGGGAUUAUGGUGUGUCAAUUGAUAAAAUAAUAGUGCCUAGCGUAGUAUAUCUACACCGCUCAUUGAUUGAUAAUAUUGUGGUUUUGUUUUGUACUAAAAUUAUUGUUAAAAACUGUAUUAUACUUAAUAGUACAGCGAGUACAAUGCAGUACAAUAGAUAAUAUAAAAACUGAAAUAAAAAUCACAUUUGAGAGUUA